GUUUGAAACCGACUUAAGAACUAUACAUACUUUAAUAGAAAUCAAUAAUUAACUUGUUAUUGUUAUCAAAAAGCAAAUAGCACUUACUUAUUAGCUACUACGUACGUGGAAAAUUUGUUGGAAAAAUGAUGCGUUUAACAUUAGUUUUAUCGAUUAUUUGUGUAACAAUUUUAAGUGUGUCUGGUGAACAGUUUAAUAAUGGUCAUUUAACUCAACAAAUACGAUGUGAUCAUCGUAGUCCAGAUUUUGAAAAUUGUCAGGCGAAAGUUUUCGAAGAAGAAUGUUCAAAACGAGAUAAUGAAAAAUAUCGGCGAUGUCGUGAAUGUGAGCCAACAUGUGCAAUACCUGAUCCAAAAGUGUGCAUAUUAUCGUGUACACCAGGAUGUGUUUGUAAAGAUGGUUUCCUACGAAAUCGUUUAGAUCGAUGUGUUCCUGCAAAUGAAUGCUAAAUAUAAUCAAGAAUAUUGUAAUUAUAGUUCCACUAUAUGAACCAUUGGACAGUGGUUUAUGUCCAUUUUCGAUCAAAUUAGCUGAUAAAUGUGAAAAUUUCUUUGGAUGACAUUGAACGAACAUUUGUUAUGGACACAUACCAAAAAUGAAUAAUAUAUAAAUUAAUUUUCAAAAUAA